AAGGCAUUCGAAUUUGAAAAGAGGGUUUCUAAAAAAAAUUAAAGAAAAAAAAGUUCAAAGAGAAGAGAGAGGGAAAGAAGAUGGAAAUGAACGAAGUUGGUGAGAAUUUAUGGUUAGGGUUUCCCUUCUGGCGGGCGGCUCGCCGGAGAUUCGGGCUUGGUGAUUCUUUUUUCGCGUCUGGGAACAUUGAGCGUGAGCUUCUUGCCAAACAGGUUGCAUUAGAUCUAACUGAAGAUGAAAGAUAUCAGAUCCACCAAAUGGAAGAUGCAUGUAACAACAAUGUUUUCUGUCCUAUUGUGGGUUGUGCCACCAAGUUGAAAUGCUUGGAGGACUUCGAGGAUCACUACUACGCACGUCAUACUGCCUCUUGUUCUGUGUGCUCAAGAGUUUACCCGACAUCUCUUUUACUUAGUAUUCACAUCUCUGAAGCUCAUGAUUCCUUCUUUCAAGCGAAAGUCGCACGUGGUUUUCCAAUGUAUGAAUGUUUGGUAGAAGGCUGUGGAAUGAAAUUGAAGAGCUAUAAAAGUCGGCAACAACAUCUAGUGGACAAGCACAAAUUCCCGGCUUCAUUUGAAUUUUUCAAGAAGGCACACCCAUCCAAGCGACAUCGGCUGAAACAUCAGCAUAAGCAAGCUGGCCAAAGGAGGGAGGAAAUGAAGGAGAGAGUCAUGGAUGUUGAACAACAGGCUCUCAUGCAGACGCAUCAAGAUGGAGAAAUAAAAGAUACUGAAAUGGUUGAUGAAGAGAAGAUGAAUGAUCUUGUUUCAGCUGUCUCCAAGUUAAGCACAUCGGAUUCAAGCCCAACAUCCAUUAGAUUCGGUCAUCGUCAUUCCCGUGGUAUCACUUUCCUCCCCCGGUCAGUUCAACAGAACACAAACCGGCCAUCUCAAUCAACUAAGAAGAGGUAGCAGUCCCUUAAGACUUGGGAACCAUGUGUGGCCAGCUAAUGGUGAUGAUGAUUGAUAUUAGUGCUCUUGCCAGAAUGAAAUGUUGUAACCUUGUAUUGUGACUUGUUUCUUGUGAAAUGCUGUGUUAGAUGGCUACAUUUGCAAACAGCACUUUCGUAGCUGACAAUGGAGAGGUUUUUGGAAAAGAUUAUAAAUACUAUCGGCUUAAG